ACUAGCCCUACAAAGGAAGAGAGGUGACCGGGGGUGAAACACAUUGCGGUUAGGCAGGUAGGUGCUCAGGGAAGAGACGGAAAGAUGGAGGAUAUAACAGUGGUGGAAGGCGAAGGAGCCGACGGAGGAAGCGCCGGCGACGCUAUGGUGGUAGGUGAGGGAGAGGGAAACGGCAAGGGAAGCGGAAGCAGCAGCCAGGCUGCGAGAGGGGACCGAGUUAAAGGGCCUUGGUCUCCUGAAGAGGACGCCAUUCUGAGUCGACUGGUGAGUAAGUUCGGGGCCAGGAACUGGAGUCUGAUCGCCCGUGGAAUUGCUGGGAGAUCCGGCAAGUCCUGCCGGCUGCGCUGGUGUAAUCAGCUUGACCCCUCUGUUAAGCGCAAGCCCUUUACUGAUGAGGAGGAUCAUAUCAUAGUUGCUGCACAUGCAAUCCAUGGAAACAAAUGGGCAUCAAUUGCAAGGCUUCUUCAAGGGAGAACAGAUAAUGCAAUUAAAAACCACUGGAAUUCCACUCUGAGGCGCCGGUGUAUGGAGAUUGACAGGGCUAAGUUGGAAUCUGGCAAUAUAGUGGAGGAUGUUAGCUUGGACAAAACCAAAGCAUCAUCUGAAGAAACUAUGUCAUGUGGGGAUGCCAAUUCAUCCAAGUCCUUGGAAGGAAAAGAUGUCAACUCUUCAGAUAACAUGGCUGAUCAGAAUGAAGAAAGGGCACAAAUUGAGGGUCAAUUUAGUCAUGAAGCACAAGAUCCACCUACCCUUUUCCGUCCUGUGGCACGUGUCAGUGCGUUUAAUGUUUACAGUUCUCUAGAUGGCCCAGAACAUGCAUUUCCAUUUCCACGGCCAGUUCCUAUGCAGGGGCCUUUGAUUCAAGCAUCAACACCUGAUGCCGGGAUCUGCAGAUUGAUUCAAGGAGAUUCAGGUGAACAAUUGGUGCCUCAACGAUGUGGACAUGGUUGCUGUGAGAGUCCUAGAGGUGGGAAUCUUGGAAACUCUUUGUUGGGGCCUGAAUUUGUGGAAUUUUCAGAGCCUCCUCCAUUUUCAAGUUUUGAGUUGGCUGCAAUAGCCACUGAUAUUAGUAAUAUUGCUUGGCUCAAAAGUGGGUUGGAAAAUAGUACAGUCAGAGUGAUGGGAGAUGCAGCUGGUAGGACAAUGUCUCGUGGGUCUCAAGGGCAAAUGGCACGGUUUGAAGAGAGUAGAAAGAAUGACCAUUUGCGAUUUGAGGAGGGAAAGAACAAAUUAAUGGGCAUGAUGACUGAUGUGCGGUCUACCCAGAUUGGCAAACAAUCUUUUUCAGUACCAGCUAAAGUUGGUGGCUUGAGUUGAGGUUAAUGCUUGUAUUUCCCUGACUUGCCGGAAAUGCAGUAGAUGAUAUGAUAUGGAAGAGGAUUCCUACAACUGUACUUUCCCAGUGAUGGUUGCUGACUUGCUGCAUGAAUAAAAGAGACCUAGACCUCUGUGAUAGAGAACCAUCAUUGCUAUCGAAGUCUGAGAGGUUGUUCAGUAACCUUUCCACUGGCCUUGGUAUCCUGAGAUCAUCUUAUGGGGGGCCAAACUUCCGCCUGGUACUAAAUUGUAAUCCAUUAUUCUAUGGUUUCUUUCUAUAACGCAAUGGUGGAGUUUACAUUGUCAUAAUGGUUGAUAAAUUAGACAAGAAGGAUAAAUAGUUCUUUGUUUCAGUUCUUUUUCCAAUUAUAUAUGAAACCUGUUAUUUCCAUAUACAAAA